AUGGAUGGACCAAAGGCAUUGAUUUGCACUGCGGUUGGCAAAGUUGAAAUCCAAACAGUUACCAAGCCUACCCCGCCUGUCGGCCACGUCCUGGUCAAGACGAAAGCAGUUGCCCUAAACCCUACUGACUACAAAAGUAUUCACGAGCCUCAUGGAUCAGCAAUAGGAAAACGCCCAGGAGUAGACUUCUCAGGUAUAAUUGAGGAAGUUGGGCCUGAUGUCACAAGACCGUGGAAGAAAGGUGAUCGAGUGGCUGGCAGUGUCUUUGGCGCAAAAGAUUCCCAGAGUGGCGCCUUCGGAGACUACGUCGUAGUCCGUGAGCAUAUGCUGCUCCGCCUCCCCGAUAGUAUGGCAUUUGACCGAGCUUCUACGCUCGGAGUUGGUCUUACGACCUGUGGGCAGGCAUUGUACGAGCUUCUAGGCCUUCCAUUACCUCCCGCAUUACCGGAAACACCCCCACAUACCGUCUUAAUCGGCGGUGGGAGCACAGCUACCGCGACACUGGGCAUCCAAUACGCAAAGCUCUCGGGCUUUCGAGUUAUCACCACAGCCUCCCCAUACAACUUUGAGUACCUCCGGUCGCUUGGUGCCGACAUCGUAUUAGAUUACCGCGAGAGCACCGAAGUCCUCGUUGAAGCUAUCAAGGAAGCCACCGGCGGAAAUCUUACCCUGGCGUGGGACUGCUCCCCCAACGACAAGUUUCAUGAAGUGGCUGCCCGCGCCAUGAGCUCCACAGAGAAGGGCAUAUACGCAACUGUAAAUCCGCUUACGCCUGGUGAUUUCCUGGCUGAGAUCAAUCCCAUGGUGGAGACAAAGUGGCAGUUGGCUUACACGGUGUUUGGAGAGGAGUUUUCCUUUGGACCCAUCACAUUCCCAGCUUCAGAAGAAGAUGCUACUUUUGGAGCAGCUUUCUGGGAGAGAACGGCCAAGUUAUUGGCAGAAGAGAAACUCCACCCUACAAGAUGUACUGUAAAUAGGGGUGGUGAGGGAUUACAGGGUGUCAUUGCUGGCUUGGAUGAACUCGCUCAGGGCAAAGUUGCGGGUACAAAGCUCGUUUAUUCUAUGGAAUCGCUAUAA